AUGAUUAGUUUUACUCAUUCGUCCAGCAGUUUAUUCUGUCGAGGAGUCGAUCCCAACAGAUUAGUGGAUCAGGAAAAGAAGACAAUUGACGACCAACUCUUGUAUAGGACUAAAUCCUGGGCCCAGAAUUCAAGUGCCUUUUUCGAAGCCUACCACUCCAUCACCGAGAUAUACCAAUAUCUAGAUGAUUUACAUAGUAUUGGUAGUAAUAUCAGUGAUGUUGAGACCAUUGGCGCCACAACGGAGGGUCGGCCCUUAAAACUGUUCAAAAUCGGCACUAAAAGUAAAGACAACAUUCAAAAGCCAAUUAUAUGGAUAGACGCAGUUGAUUACUUCAACGGAUCCAGAGAUAAAGAAUCUGUUAAACGUAUUCGCGGACAUCGGAUAGGAUGUGGAGAAAAACGCGAUCACAUAACCCAUCAUUUUGGGGGUAAUAUUGAUAAUUAA